CCAAGUAUCCAACGUUAGCCAAAUGAAAAAAAGGAAACACAAAAACAAAAACAUAACAUAAACCCUCCCAAUCCCAUUCCAAAGUCUAAGGAACGGUUAUCCCUCACAAACCGCCGGCUGUCUCAGAAAGUGAAAAUGAAGAGAAUGAUAGCCUUGGGGUUUGAGGGUUCAGCGAACAAGAUUGGUGUUGGGGUAGUGACCUUAGAUGGCACAAUUCUUUCAAACCCACGGCACACAUACAUCACUCCUCCUGGCCAAGGCUUUCUUCCCAGAGAGACAGCACAGCACCACCUCCAACACGUUCUUCCCCUUAUCAAAUCCGCUUUGGAAACUGCACAAAUCACUCCACAUGACAUUGACUGCCUCUGCUACACCAAGGGUCCUGGCAUGGGAGCUCCUCUGCAAGUCUCUGCUAUUGUUGUUCGUGUGCUUUCGCUUCUUUGGAAGAAGCCAAUUGUUGCUGUCAAUCACUGUGUUGCACACAUUGAGAUGGGAAGGAUUGUUACCGGCGCUGAUGACCCCGUUGUCUUGUAUGUCAGUGGUGGCAACACUCAAGUCAUUGCUUACAGCGAGGGGCGUUAUCGAAUCUUUGGAGAGACCAUCGACAUUGCUGUGGGGAAUUGCUUGGAUCGCUUUGCAAGGGUCUUGACACUUUCCAAUGAUCCUAGCCCCGGAUAUAACAUUGAGCAGCUUGCGAAAAAGGGAGAGAAGUUUAUCGACCUGCCUUAUGUUGUCAAAGGGAUGGAUGUAUCUUUUAGUGGGAUAUUGAGCUAUAUUGAAGCAACUGCUGCUGAAAAGCUAAAGAAUAAUGAGUGCACGCCUGCAGACUUGUGCUACUCUCUGCAGGAGACAUUGUUUGCCAUGCUUGUGGAGAUAACGGAGCGGGCUAUGGCUCAUUGCGACACAAAAGAUGUUCUUAUAGUUGGUGGUGUAGGUUGCAAUGAGCGGUUGCAAGAGAUGAUGAGGACCAUGUGCUCUGAACGUGGUGGAAGAUUGUUUGCUACUGAUGAUAGAUAUUGCAUUGACAAUGGAGCAAUGAUAGCUUAUACUGGUCUCCUUGAAUUUGCUCAUGGCGCAUCAACUCCACUAGAGGAUUCUACAUUCACCCAGCGGUUCCGGACAGAUGAAGUGAAAGCAAUAUGGAGAGAAGCAAAUCUGGCAAAAUUGAAUGGGCUUGCAGAGAAGAGCACUUGAUUUGUCAUUCUUGAGGUCUGAGUGCUCAUUUGUGACUAAGUACAAAAAGAACAUGUGAUUACUUGAUAUUCAAAUCAUCCUCCUUCAAGCUGGAGGUGGUACCCAAGGACCUUGAGAUUUAUUCAGUCACAUGAUAAAUUUACGUAUGAAGAGAAACACGUCAAUAUGUUUGAUAUUUUGUUGUAUUAUUCAGUGGUGCUGCAAUAAUGGCAUCCACGCCAAGAUGUUGUGUAUCAAUGACAUUGGCUUUGUACCAAUGUCAAUGGGAAGCUUUUGCAGUGCGUCCUGGUGUGAGUGAUUUGCAGUAGCUCUUUUGUCUCUUGUAGUCCUAGGACAUGUAGACUUGUCUAAAACUUAACCAUUUAAUAUCUGUGUUUACUAAAGUAGUCAAUCUUUAGACUUUUUUUU